UUAGGUAUUGUUUGUUUUGUUCUUGUGCGAGGGUUAUGAAAUAAAAUAACAAAGUAGAAAAUGUCGUAUUCCCAAUGCGAUAUUAACAAUUGCUGGAAUAAGAUCACCUAUGCAUUCCCCAUUCUUACUGAUACACUGUUUACCGACUGCACCAACGAGGAAUAUGACGAGAUCCACAGGGUCAUCGUUGGAUUAGGAGUUCAAAUCAAAAUAAGAGACCUUAUACUUAUUCACAUAGAGAAAUACCUUCGCCAGCAUGUAGCACCUUCAUUUUGGGCCAAGUUUCAAAAUGUUGAGGAAGAGUUAAAGGGAUUCCAAUUAUUUAAAUCAGCUGUGAAUGAUCUGUACGAGUCAGCUGCAAACUUCGCCGGCAUGUUGAAGAGACUGACCACUUUGAACAACAGCUGUUGUGACAACAAACCUAUAUUUCUGGAAAAAGAUGUAACCUUAGGAUUUAAGCAACUUCUUCGCUCAACACUGCUGUCCCAACUCCCUCUGAAUUUUCAGGUGAUCAUCAACCAUUUUUACAAAAUUUCAUUUAAUGUUUUUGACAAUGAGAAUGAGACCUCAGACAUGGCUGAGGAUGUGAUGUGCUCUGGGUGCUGGAAUGAGUACACGGACUGCAGCUGCAGCUACAUUGUGAAGGUGUUCUACGACACAAGCCGCAAGCUUGUGGAGCUGCAGCUGCUGGAGCGCCUCACCGGACAGGUGCUCACCAACUUCAUACAAAUGCGCAUCGAAUCUCACAUACAGAAGCUGUGCACUGGCACAUUUGAUGUGUCACACAUUUCAUUCCUUGAAAACUGGCUGGAAACCACUGUCAUGUCUUGGCUGACUAGAAUAUACUGUGCUGGAUCUUCCAAGCCUCCACCUGAUGACAAGAACAUACAAAAUGCCAUUGCUAAGUUCAAACAGAAGCUCAGCUACUAUUUGUACUUCACUUACACUAAACUGCGGAUUGAUCAGCUUUUUAAUAUCAUCAUUGAGUAUCCAGAUUCACAACCAGCUGUGGAUGAUAUUAAACUGUGCUUGGAAAAGACUGAUCUCAGGUCAACUUUGUGUAAAAAGCUUAAAACUGAAAUAGAGACAAGGCUUCUUCACCCAGGUGUGAACACUCCAGAUAUACUGACUGCAUACAUUUCUACUAUCAGAGCCCUGAGGCACCUAGAUCCUUCAGGAGUUAUCCUGGAGACAGUUACAGACCCAGUGAGGAACUAUUUGAGGAACAGAGAGGACACUGUCCGCAGUGUGGUGAGCAGCCUCACGGCCGAGGGAGCAGGCAGUGAACUGGCUGAAGAACUUGCUAAGUUUGCCACUGAUGAUGAGAAUGAACAAGAGGAAGCCUGGGAUGAAUGGGUCCCAGAUCCUGUAGAUGCUGACCCUAAAGUGAACUCCAGUGAUAGAAAAGCAAGUGACAUCAUCUCCAUGCUAGUCAAUGUUUAUGGAAGUAAGGAGUUAUUUGUGAAUGAAUACAGGACCUUGCUUGCAGAUAGACUUCUAGCCCAAAGUGUUAUUAACACUGAAAAGGAAAUCAGAUACCUUGAGCUGCUGAAGCUGCGCUUUGGAGAGUCCCAGCUUCACUUCUGUGAGGUCAUGCUGAAGGAUGUUUCAGACUCAAAGAGAAUAAAUGCUCUUAUUCAUCAAGAUAAAAACUUUAUGGCUCUCAAUGAAAAGUUUACAUCUAAUGCAAUGAUACUAUCAGCUCAGUUUUGGCCACCAUUUAAGGAUGAAAGCUUAGCAUUGCCUGAUGAAAUCAAGCAACAUUUGGAAGCCUACACUAAAUCCUUUGAAGCUUUAAAAGGUAAUAGAACAUUGAAUUGGAAGCCACAUCUUGGAAUUGUUAACAUCAGUAUUGAAAUAGGAGAGAAAACCUUAGACUUGACAGUGUCACCAUUCAAUGCAACUCUGAUCAUGCAUUUCCAGGACAAACCAGAGUGGUCCCUGGAUGAGCUGCACCAAGUCAUGAAAGUGCCUGUUACUAUUUUGAGAAGGAAGAUAACAUACUGGCAAUCCAUGGGACUUAUCUCAGAGAAGAGCCCUGAUUACUUUGUGCUGGUAGAGAGUUCUGACGGCAACCGGUCCCAUGUAGCCACCGGCCAGGUGCAAGAGAUGAUCUGUGAGGAUGACGAGGCCGAGAGUGCGAUGGCAUCCGCCCACGACCAGAGGGAAGGGGAGCUGCAGGUGUUUUGGUCCUACAUUGUCGGUAUGUUGACCAACCUGGACUCCUUGCCAUUGGACCGGAUACAUCAAAUGCUGAAGAUGUUCGCAUCGCAAGCCCCCGGCACUGAGUGCAGUCUGCAAGAACUCCGACAGUUCCUUGAUACUAAAGUGAGAAGUCAUCAACUAGUGCUACAAGGCAGCCUUUACAAGUUGCCUAAACCUUAAUGCUAAUAAGGAUACUAUGUAUUUUUAAGAAUAAUAAAAAAACUAUAGAAAGUUUAACAGAACUUUAUUUUCAAUGAUUUAAAUAUAAAAUUUUGGUUACAUUAAAUAAUGCGGAUUAAUGUUCUGUUCGCUUAAACUAAGUAAGUGACAAAUUAAUAUGAACCCAUGAAUCAUUGCGAUCAGGCAUUCUGUAACAGAAGUGAUAGGUACCCUUUAAAGCCACCACACAAUAUUAAAAUGAUGUAAAAUUAGUUAAUUAAUACUCAGUGAUCAUACUCAAUACAUAAUCUGUGUCAGUCUUAACGUCUAUAAAAAUACUGUUACAAGUGGAAAACAAAAGCAUUAACCAAUUAAAUAAAUAAUUAUACUAAUUUAAAUAUACUGGGAGACAAUACAGAUUCAUUAAUAAAUUUGUGAAUGGAAUGCAAAAAAGCAAUGAAAUAACUAAUCAAUUAGGCAUAGACAUAAAUCUCAAUAAUAAUAUUUUUUCCAUAAUACAGCAUAACAGCUCUCUUGGACAGAUCAUUUAAAUAAAUCAAGCUUCUCAAAUGAUAUCCGAAAUAACACCUAUAUGAUGUUGGAAUGUAUGCUUCGAGGUUUUGAGUUGUGCCAUGCAAUUAACAUUGAUGAUGAGUUAGUCGAUGAUAAAAUAACUAACACUGACAAUAAAUAAUUUAAACAUAAAAGUUAAAAUUGAACAGAGAUGUGCAAACAGAAUGCAUUUUAAGUAUAAAUUCAAAAGUACAACAGUUAAAGCUUUUAAAAUUAGAUUACAUAUGUACAGAAUAUAAUUAUCAUCAAUGCAAUAUUAAAGUACUGCAGGUUUACAACUAUAAUUUAACGGGCGAUAGAUAUGUGGACUAGGACCUAAGGGCUAAGAUACAAAAUAAGCUAAAUUAUAUUAUUAACUUGUAGUUUAGAAUUUACGGCGACAAGGAGUUUAUAUGAAAAUCCAAUGUAUGAUUAUUUUAUUUGAAGCAGGAACAAUCAAACGUCACAUGAAUUGAGUUAUUUAUGUUUUCUCAUUUAUUAACGUAUCUUAGCCGCUACCUAGGAUUUGGAUAUUUACCUAAUUUUGUAUAUUUUGUGCAUUCGUAUUCCGGAUCAUAUUUAAUGGGUCUGUAAUGCAAACUUUAACAGAGCAUUGUAAAUGCAAGACACUAAUAUAAAAGCUCACUUAAGUUUAAUUAAGUACAUAGAUACAUUUUUGAUAACUUAUACCAAUCUCUCAAUGGACGAAUAAACUCAUUUCCCUGACUAAUCGGAUUUUCCAAUUUCAAUCUAUUAGCUCAAAAUAUAUUCCAUAAUAUUUUUUCGGCAAAUAAAUAACUUUCUGUGAUACAGACAGGGCAUAAUAAUAAUCCAUUCUAUUGAAGUGCAAGAAACUAUAG